AUGUUGAAAGAGGCGUACGAGUUUGAAGAAACGCGGGUGCUGAUUGAUCAGUAUCCUGAUGGCACACCCACAGAGUCGGGAGCGCAGCUGCCCACGCGUGCGAACAUCCUGGCACAGCUGGGAGGUUGGCUCGUCGCCGGCGCUCAGCCGGGAGACGUCCUCGUCUUCGUCUUCGCGGGGCACGGAUGUCAG